ACGGAGAGGAGUUCGUAAGGUUGCUAUAGUAAUGACUGAUGGAAGAUCAUAUGACAGUGUGGUGUCUCCUGCAAAUUUGUUCCGACGAGCAAACAUCAAAUGUUAUGCGGUUGGAAUCGGUCGGAAAUACAACAGUAGACAGCUCUUACAAAUAGCGGCAGGACGUAGAAGUCACGUGAUAACAGCCGGGUUUAGACAAUUGGGCUCUAUAGUGGGUACUAUACAACGACGAGCAUGCAAAGGUACGCGCCCUGUGAGACCUCCAAGUGGAGGGAGGGGAAUUUGUAACCUUCCAAAAGUAACUGGUCCUUGCCGUGCUGCAAUGCGAAGAUGGUACUACAAUAGGGCCACAGGAAGGUGCCAGAUGUUCAUUUAUGGCGGGUGCCGAGGAAAUGCUAAUAACUUUGGGUCAAAAGCUGAAUGUGAACGAAAAUGCCUCAGAAGAAGGAGAGUUAUCAGAAUUACUGCAAACGUCAUAGCAAUAAGUAAAGGAUGCUUCAGGGACACUGGUCGACGAGCGGUAGCAACACUGGAAGGCAGAAGUCGUCUUUUGAAAGGAAGUUACCGCAGAAGGCGUUACGCAAUUCAGAAGUGUGCUAUGGCAGCGAAAAGGCGAGGUUGGGGUGUUUUCGCAGUGCAACAUGGUGGAUGGUGUGCUUCCGCGAAAUAUGCGUAUCGAACAUAUGGUAAAUACGGAAGAUCCAACAGAUGUAGACAUGGAAAGGGAGGACCUUGGGCAAAUGACGUCUACUUUCUUAAGGGGUCAUGUCGAAAACGCACAACUCAAAACUUCUGUUGCGUGUUUCCGUUCAUUUACCGCGGCAAACGAUACAACAGUUGUACCAGAAUAAGAUCUCGACGGCCAUGGUGUGCUACAACUCCCAACUAUGAUGUAGACAAAUUGUUUGGAUAUUGUGGUGGUGCAGGACGUCUAGUAAGACUCACACCACCCCUGAGACUCCAGAGAAUUGGUUGUUUUAAGGAUACAUGGCGUAGGGCCAUCCCACAACUAGAUGGUAAAAGUCCUAUGUUAAGAGGAAACUAUAAGCGCCGAAGAAAAGCUAUUGAAAAAUGUGCUUAUGAAGCUGUAAGGCGUGGCUAUCAGUUCAUUGGAAUCCAAGAUGGUGGAUGGUGUGCAUCUGGACCGAGGGCUCACAAAACCUUUGCUAAGUAUGGCCGAUCAAACAGAUGUAGGAAUGGCAAAGGUGGACCUUGGGCUAAUGAUGUUUACAGGAUUAUAGGAAAAUGCAGAAAACGAACUACGUCUGGUUACUGCUGUGUGUUCCCAUUCACCUAUGGUAGACGCCGUUACAAUAGAUGUGCAAAAACAAAGAGUGGGCGGCCAUGGUGUCCAAUUACACCAGAUUAUCCUCGGAGCAAACAAUGGGGAUAUUGCCGUGGUUACAGAGCUCCUCCAACUAAAGUAACCAGUGGAGUUGUGAUUCGAUCCCGAGGCUGUUACAGAGAUACAGGUCGCCGAGCCAUUCCACAAAUGGAUGGAAAAGGCCUUCUUGUGCGUGGUUUCUAUAGACGAAGAAGUGAUGCCAUAGCAAAAUGUGCUCUGGAGGCUGCCAAGCGACGCUACAGAGCUUUUGCUGUUCAACAUCAGGGAUGGUGUGCUACAGGCCCUAGAGCUCACCUGACGUACAGGAAGUAUGGACGAUCCAAUCAAUGUAGGAAUGGCAAAGGUGGUCCAUGGGCAAACGAUGUUUACUUUGUUUCUGGUAAAUGUCGAAGAAGGGCCACAAAUCACUACUGCUGUGCAUUCCCAUUCAUCUACAAAGGACGUCGUUAUAACAGUUGUACAAGAAGAAACCACAAUCGACCAUGGUGUGCUCUGACACCUAACUAUGAUCGCGACAAGAAAUGGGGAAAUUGUAAAUGCCGACGUCGUAAACCAGUCCGACCUGUUGUACCACGAGUUAGAGGACGAGUAAUCCGCAUCACAGUGGUUUUAGUGGCUAAAGGACUCGGCUGCUUCAGGGACACAGGAAGACGAGCCAUAUCAACGUUGGAAGGCAAAAGUCGUCUCCUUAAAGGAAAUUACCGCAGAAGGCAGUACUCAAUUCAGAAGUGCGCUCUGGCGGCAAAGAGGAGAGGUUACACAGUAUUCGCAAUCCAACAUGGCGGAUGGUGUGCCUCUGCUAGACACGCUUAUCGUACAUAUGCCAAAUAUGGGAAAUCUAACAGAUGUAGGAAUGGAAAGGGUGGACCCUGGGCUAAUGACGUGUACGUCUUAAGGGGGUCUUGCAGAGUUCGAUCAACCCGUGGUGAAUGCUGCGUGUUCCCGUUCGUUUACAAGGGCCGAAAGUAUACUAGCUGUACCACGGUCAAUUCUAGAAACCGUCGUCCAUGGUGUGCCUCAACUCCAAAUUAUGACGUGGACAAAUUGUGGGGUUACUGCCGAGGACGAGGAGCUCCUAUCAUCAAGGUCACACCGCUAGUAACACUCCAAAGAGUCGGCUGCUUUAAAGACACAUCUCGCAGAGCCAUCCCUUACCGUGAAGGCAGAAGUAUCCUUCUGAAAGGAAACUACCAAAAACGUCGCUUUGCCAUAAAGAAAUGCGCCUUAGAUGCUGCCAGGUUUGGCUACAAGUACAUCGGGGUCCAACAUGGUGGUCAGUGUUUUUCAGGACCCCGUGCCCAGUUCACUUAUGCCAGGUAUGGCCGUUCAAACAGAUGUAGGAAUGGAAAGGGAGGUGGCUGGGCAAAUGAUGUCUACAGGAUCUCAGGAAAGUGCAGAUAUCGCACUACCACAGGUUACUGCUGUUCGUUUCCUUUCGUGUACCGCGGGCGCCGAUACAACAGUUGCGCCAAGAAUAAACGGGGACAAAGUUGGUGUUAUAUAACUCCGGACUAUAAGAGACGGAGACUUUGGGGAUACUGUAGGGGUGGAGCACGCCCUCGACCAAUCCGGGUAACACCUAAUGUCUUGCUUAAACCUGCUGGAUGUUGGCGAGACACUGGCCGUCGAGCCAUUCCACAAAUGGAUGGCAAAGAUUUUCUUGUCCGCGGCUAUUACCGAAGAAGAAGCGACGCCAUUUUCAAGUGCUUCGCAGCUGCAGCGAGACGUGGCUACAGGGCUUUUUCCGUUCAGCAUCAGGGAUGGUGCGCUACAGGUCCAAGAGCUCACUUGACCUACAGGAAGUAUGGACGAUCCAAUCGAUGUAGGAACGGCAAAGGUGGCCCGUGGGCUAAUGACGUGUAUUUUAUUCGAGGAUCAUGCAGGAAACGAACUACCUCGCGCUACUGCUGUGCAUUCCCAUUUAUCUACAAAGGACGUCGUUACAAUCGCUGCACAUCGAAGAACCACAAACGACCUUGGUGUGCUCUGACGCCCAACUACGAUCGAGACAAGAAAUGGGGAAAUUGUGCAAGACGCCGGCCUGUCAGACCUGUUCGUCCAGUUGUUCCUUCAUACAGAGGGAAAGUGAUCAGAAUCACCGUUGGAUUGAAAGUGAAGGGACUUGGCUGCUUCAGGGACACAGGCCGACGAGCUAUAGCACCACUGGAAGGCAGAAGCCGUCUUCUUAAGGGAAAUUAUCGUCGAAGGCGAUACGCCAUUCAGAAAUGCGCCCUGGCGGCAGCGAAGCGAGGCUUCAGAGUGUUUGGUGUGCAGCACCAGGGGUGGUGUGCGUCAACGAAAUACGCCUACCGAACAUAUGGCAAAUACGGAAGAUCUAACAAAUGUAGAAAUGGAAAGGGAGGACCUUGGGCCAAUGAUGUUUAUGUCCUCAGAGGCUCUCCUCGUGUACGAACAACCAAAGGAAAUAUUUGUGUGUUCCCGUUCAUCUACCGUGGAAGGCGAUACCGCCGCUGUACCCGAGUCAACUCAAGGCGGCCCUGGUGUGCACUAACCCCUAAUUACGAUGUAGAUAAACUGUAUGGCUGGUGCAGAGGACGAGGACGGCCUAUAAUAAUCUCUAGAACAUUAAGAGUUACAGCUCAGAGAAUUGGCUGCUUCAAAGAUACGGGAAGAAGGGCAAUACCCAUACUGGAAGGUAAAAGCCGGUUUCUCAGAGGCAACUACCAAAGGAGACGCUAUGCCAUUAAGAAGUGUCUUUUGGAGGCAAUCAAGAGAGGUUACAAAGUAUUUGGAGUCCAACAUGGCGGGCAGUGUUUUUCAGGACCCAGGGCUCAGUAUACCUAUGCUAAAUAUGGACGAUCAAACCGAUGUAGGAAUGGAAAAGGAGGGCCGUGGGCCAACGAUGUCUACAGGAUUUAUGGGAGAUGCAGAAAGCGUACGACGCAAGGUAACUGCUGCGUGUUCCCGUUCAAGUAUCGCGGGCGUUAUUACAACAGCUGCGCUAAAAAUCGUCGUGGUCAGCGGUGGUGUGCACUUACGCCUGAUUAUUCCAGGAACAAGCUGUGGGGAUACUGCAGAGGAGGAAGCAAACCUGCUCCAAUAAGAAUUUCUGGAGUUAUAGUCCGAUCCAUUGGCUGUUUCAAAGAUACCGGUCGUCGAGCCAUCCCGCAAAUGGAUGGCCGAGGUAUCCUGGUACGGGGUUACUACCGAAAACGAGCGGACGCCAUCUUUAAAUGCGCCCUAGAGGCCAUGAAGCGUUCUUAUAGAUACUUUGCGGUUCAACAUCAGGGAUGGUGCGCUACGGGCCCGAGGGCUCACGUGACAUACAGGAGGUAUGGACGAUCCAAUCGAUGUAGGAAUGGAAAGGGAGGACCUUGGGCUAAUGAUGUUUACUCCAUCACGGGUUCAUGCCGAAGGCGCACAACUUCACGCUACUGCUGUGCAUUCCCGUUUAUCUACAGAGGACGUCGUUAUAACAGUUGUACAAGAAGAAGGCACAAUCGACCAUGGUGCGCUUUGACACCCAACUAUGAUCGAGACAAGAAAUGGGGCAACUGCGCAAGAAGAAGACCCAUCAGACCUGUUCGUCCUAUUGUUCCUAAAGGUCGAAGAAUAAGAAUCACAACUGGACUGAUAGCAUACGGCAUCGGCUGUUUCAAAGACACAGGCCGACGAGCUAUAGCGCCAUUAGAGGGCAGAAGUCGCCUUCUGAAAGGAAAUUACCGCAGAAGACGAUACGCUAUUCAGAAAUGUGCUGCUGCCGCGGCGAGGCGAGGCUACAGAGUGUUUGCGAUCCAACAUGGCGGAUGGUGUGCGUCAACAAAGUACGCCUAUCGAACGUAUGGAAGAUACGGAAGAAGUAAAAGAUGUAGGAAUGGAAAGGGAGGACCUUGGGCAAAUGACGUCUACGUUUUGCGAGGCUCUCCUCGUGUUCGAACAACGCGCAACAACAUUUGUGUGUUCCCAUUUACUUAUCGUGGCAGACGAUACUCCAGCUGUACUAGAGUUAACUCCAGACGACCCUGGUGUUCUCUUACUCCUAACUACGAUGUGGAUAAAAUAUACGGUUGGUGCAGAGGCGGGAAGGCUCUUCCAAUCAGAGUUACACCAUCGAUAACACUGCAAGGUGUCGGAUGUUUCAAGGACACUUCGAGAAGAGCCAUCCCAAUUUUGGAAGGCAAAAGUCUCCUCUUACGAGGGAGCUACCGUGCUCGGAAAUUUGCCAUUAAGAAAUGUGCUUUGGAGGCAGCAAAGCGUGGCUACAAUUACAUUGGAGUUCAACAUGGCGGGCAGUGUUUUUCAGGACCUCGGGCUAGGUACACUUACGCCAAAUAUGGACGAUCAAAUAGGUGUAGGAAUGGAAAGGGAGGUGGCUGGGCAAACAAUGUCUACAGAGUGUCAGGACGCUGUAGAUACAAAACCAAUACCGGUUUCUGUUGUGUGCCAUUUACGUACCGCAGGCGACGAUACCUUGGCUGUGCUCGCGCUAAAAACGGCAGAACCUGGUGCGCAAUCACGCCUGAUUAUAACCGGAACAAACUGUGGGGGUACUGCAGAGGCGGAAAGAAACCUGCACCAAUUAGAGUGACAACUGGAGUUAUAAUCAAUUCGCUUGGAUGCUACAAAGACACAGGCCGUCGCGCUGUUCCCCAGAUGGACGGCCGUAACCCAUUAGUGACAGGCUACUACAGGAGAAGAGCAGACGCCAUAAAGAGAUGUGCCCUUGUUGCUUUGAGGUUCGGUUACAGAGUCUUUGCAGUUCAGCAUCAGGGAUGGUGCGCUACGGGUCCCAGAGCUCAUCUCACUUACCGGAAAUAUGGACCAACUAAUCGAUGUAGGAAUGGUAAAGGAGGUCCCUGGGCUAAUGAUGUGUAUGCCAUAAAAGGUACCUGCGCAAGACGCACAACUUCUCGUUAUUGCUGCUCAUUCCCCUUCAUCUACAAAGGACGUCGCUACCACAGAUGUACGAGGAGAAACCAUAAACGACCAUGGUGUGCUACAACACCCAACUAUGAUCGUGAUAAGAAAUGGGGCAACUGUGCAGGACGUCGACCAGUCAAACCAGUAAAACCUGUUAUCCAUCCUCCCAAAGCUAAGGUCAUCCAAGUCACUGUAGGUUUGAAGGCCUAUGGCAUCGGUUGCUAUAGAGACACAAGCCGACGAGCCAUACCAACCUUAGAACGCCGAAGUCGACUACUUAAGGGUUAUUACCGAAGAAGAGCAGGCGCUAUAAAAAACUGCGCUUUGGCUGCGGCUCGAAGAGGUUAUAAAGUUUUUGCUAUUCAACAUGGAGGGUGGUGUGCGUCUGCAAGAUACGCCUAUCGAACGUACAGGAAAUAUGGAAAAUCUAAUCGAUGCAGAAAUGGCAAGGGAGGGCCUUGGGCGAAUGACGUUUAUGUCCUCAGAGGUUCUUGUCGUGUAAAAUCAACAAAUGGAUACUGCUGCUCGUUCCCGUUCGUGUAUCGAGGCAGACGAUACACUGGAUGUACAAGAACGAACUCCAGGCGACCUUGGUGCUCCCUCACUGGAAACUACGACAAGGAUAAGCAAUAUGGAUGGUGUCCCACCCGAGGAGCACGUCCUGUCAAGAUAACAUCAUCGAUAUCAAUCCAAAGAAUAGGCUGCUUCAAAGAUUCCCCUCGCAGAGCCAUUCCAAUACUAGAAGGCAAAAGUAAACUUCUACAAGGCAACUACAAACGAAGGAAGAUCGCCAUUCGUAAAUGCGCCAUGGUCGCCGUAAAUCGCGGUUACAACACUUUCUCUGUGCAAGACGGUGGUCAGUGUUUCUCAGGACCGCGGGCUCAGUACACUUUUGCCAAGUAUGGGCGAUCGAACAGAUGUAGGGGUGGAAAAGGAGGACCUUGGGCCAAUGAUGUCUACAGGCUGACAGGUAGAUGUCAACGUCGCACCACGUCAGGAAAAUGCUGUGUACUUCCCUUCGUUUAUCGUGGACGCCGCUACAACAACUGCGCCAGGUCAAAACGUGGAAGGCCUUGGUGUCCAACGGCAUCUAGUGUAUACAAACGAAACCAACCAUGGGGCUACUGCCGCGGUGGAAAACGUCAGCCAAUACGAGUGACUGUAGGGGUGCGAGUCAAGCCAAUCGGAUGCUUCAAAGACACUGGUCGCCGUGCUAUCCCAGGAGUGGACGGUCGUUACCCAAUAGUGAAAGGAUAUUAUCGAAAGAGAAAGGAAGCCAUUAAGCGUUGUGCCCUCGUUGCUCUGAGGUUUGGUUACAGAGCUUUUGCUGUUCAACAUCAGGGAUGGUGCGCUACAGGUCCAAGAGCUCAUGUGACUUACGGAAAGUAUGGACGAUCCAAUCGGUGUAGGAAUGGCAAGGGAGGACCUUGGGCUAAUGAUGUGUACAGAGUAUACGGUUCAUGUCGAAGAAGAACUACCUCACGCUACUGCUGUGCCUUCCCGUUUAUCUACAAAGGACGUCGUUAUAACAGUUGUACAAGAAGAAACCACAAUCGACCAUGGUGUGCUACGACACCCAAUUAUGAUCGAGACAGACAGUGGGGCAAUUGCGGUGGUCGCCGUAAACCUGUUAAACCUGUCAAACCUAUUGUUUGUCCUCCUAGAGCCCGAGUAAUUAAACUUACACCAGGAAUCACUGCAUACAGCAUCGGUUGCUACAAAGACACCCGCCGACGAGCCAUACGCCCCUUGGAAGGUCGAAGCCGCUUCCUAAAAGGAAAUUACCGCAGAAGACGAGACGCUAUUCGCAAAUGUUUCCAGGCAGCUUAUAGACGAGGCUACAAAGUGUUCGCCUUACAGCAUCAAGGAUGGUGCGCAUCUUCAAGGAUGGCUCACAUAACAUACCGUAAAUACGGAAAAUCUAACAAAUGCAGGAAUGGAAAGGGAGGACCCUGGGCUAACGAUGUUUACGUUGUGAGGGGUUCCUGUCGCACAAGAACAACCCGCAAAAACUGCUGUGUAUUCCCGUUCGUGUACAAAGGUAGACGAUACUCGCGCUGCACCAGGGUCAAUGCUGCUCGCCCAUGGUGUGCAACUACUUCAAGUUAUGAUGCUGAUAAAAUGUGGGGCUAUUGUGAAGGACAUGGAGUCUCUUUCAUCAGAGUAACACCUUCAAUUAAUAUCCGAAGAGUCGGCUGCUUCAGGGACACAUCGCGCCGAGCAAUUCCUCAAAUGGAUGGCCGAAGUGUGCUGUUAAGAGGCAACUACCAACGCCGUCCAUUAGCUAUUCGCAAAUGCGCGCUUGUUGCUGCAGCACGUGGAUACAAAUGGUUCGGAAUCCAGCAUGGCGGCUGGUGUGCUACAGGACCGCAUGCUGGGAGGACGUAUGCCAAGUAUGGCCGAUCAAACAGAUGUAGAAAUGGCAAAGGCGGACCUUGGGCUAAUGAUGUCUAUAGAAUAGCAGGAACUUGCAAGUAUCGCACUACAAAAGGAAACUGCUGUUCAUUUCCGUUCGUGUAUCGAGGGCGUCGAUACAAACGUCCUGCCAGGGCUCGAAAUGGCAGGAGAUGGUGCGCAAUCACUCCAGACUACAGAACAAACAAACUGUGGGGGUACUGCAGGGGAGGAAGAAAAUCUCCACCCAUCAGAAUCACUCCUGGAGUUUUUGUCAAGUCACUUGGAUGCUUCAAGGACACAGGUCGGCGAGCUAUCCCAGGAGUAGACGGUCGUUACCCAAUAGUGAGGGGAUAUUACCGUAGAAGAGCGGACGCCUUGAAGAAAUGUGCUGCAGUUGCUAUGAGGUUUGGUUACAGAGCUUUUGCUGUUCAACAUCAGGGAUGGUGUGCUACAGGUCCAAGAGCUCAUGUGACUUACGGAAAGUAUGGACGAUCCAAUCGAUGUAGGAAUGGCAAGGGAGGACCUUGGGCUAAUGACGUGUACCGGGUGUUCGGCCAUUGCCGGAAGCGAACGACAUCUCGCUACUGUUGUGUGUUCCCGUUCAUCUACAAAGGCCGUCGUUACCACAGAUGUACAAGAAAGAACCACAAUCGACCAUGGUGUGCUAUUACAGGCCAUUACGAUCGGGAUAGGAAAUGGGGCAACUGUGCUGGUCGCCGACCGGUCAAACCUGUUCGCCCAGUUCGUCCAACGGGAAAAACUGUAAGAGUAACAGUUAACUUAGUUGCUAAGGGUAUCGGCUGUUACAGAGACACUGGCCGACGGGCCAUACCAACCUUGGAGCGCAGAAGUCGCCUUCUUAAAGGAAAUUACCGCAGAAGACGAUACGCUAUCAAGAAAUGUGCUCUCGCGGCUUAUGCAAAGGGACACAGAGUAUUCGCUGUGCAACAUGGAGGAUGGUGUGCGUCAGGAAGGAGAGCUCAUCUCACCUAUGGGAGAUACGGAAGAUCUAACAGAUGUAGGAAUGGAAAGGGAGGACCUUGGGCUAAUGAUGUCUAUGUACUCAGAGGUUCAUGCCGUGUACGCUCAUCUACUGGAAACUGCUGUGUGUUCCCAUUCAUUUACAAGGGCAGACGGUACAACCGCUGUACCAGAGUCAACUCCAAACGAGCGUGGUGCGCCAGUACGCCAAAUUACGAUCACGAUAAGCUGUUUGGAUACUGCGGAGGAAGAAAACCUGUGCGUCCAAUCAGGAUUACUACCUCGAUAACACUCCAGAGAAUAGGAUGUUACAAAGACACCUGGCGCAGAGCCAUCCCUAUAAUUGAAGGCCGAAGCCCGUUCUUAAGAGGAAACUACCAACGAAGAAAAUACGCCAUUCGAAAAUGCGCGUUAGUCGCCAUAAAACGUGGCUACUCCUACAUGGGAGUCCAACAUGGCGGGCAGUGUGCAUCCGGGCGUUAUGCCUAUAAAACAUAUGCUAAGUAUGGCCGGUCAAACAGAUGUAGGAAUGGAAAAGGAGGAGCUUGGGCUAAUGAUGUUUACAGGAUUUCAGGAAGGUGUAAACAGCGUACUGUUACCGGCAACUGCUGUGUAUUCCCGUUCCGGUAUGGCGGGCGCAUAUACAGGUCAUGUACAACUCGUGGAAGUCGACUGAGAAGGGCCUGGUGUCCAACCCUCCCAGGCUACCGCAAAGGACAACCUUGGGGUUACUGUAGAGGAUAUCGAGUUCCACCAACACGAAUCACAAGUGGAGUUGUCAUCAAACCGCUUGGAUGCUUCAAAGACACUGCUCGGCGAGCUAUCCCAGGAGUGGACGGUCGUUACUCGUUAGUGAAAGGUUACUACCGAUCACGAAAAGCCGCCAUAGAGAAAUGCGCUCUUGUUGCUUUGAUGCUUCGAGCCAAGGUGUUUGCCGUCCAACAUCAGGGAUGGUGCGCUACGGGUCGAAGAGCUCAUGUGACGUAUGGGAGGUACGGACGAUCCAAUCGGUGUAGGAAUGGAAAGGGAGGACCUUGGGCUAAUGAUGUGUACAGAGUGUACGGAUCCUGUGGAGCAAAGACAACUAAACGUUAUUGUUGCUCGCUGCCGUUUAUCUACAAAGGUCGUCGCUAUAACAGUUGUACAAGAAAAAACCAUAAUCGUCCAUGGUGUGCUUUAACUUCUAACUAUGAUCGCGACAGGAAAUGGGCCAACUGUGCCACACGUAAACCUGUUCGACCAGUGAAACCAAUCAUUCCGCCCGUGAGAGCCCGUGUCGUUCAAAUCACUAUUGGAUUGAAAGCCAUACCUAUCGGUUGCUUCAGGGACACUGGUCGCCGAGCGAUUCCAACUAUGGAAGGGAGGAGCCGUCUCCUUAAAGGACCUUACCGACGAAGAAGAUAUUCGAUUCAAAAAUGCGGUGUCGCUGCAGAAAGACGAGGAUAUAGAGUGUUUGCAAUACAGCACCAGGGAUGGUGUGCUUCAUCUAAAUUCGCCUAUCGAACCUAUGGAAGAUACGGAAGAUCUAAGAGGUGUAGGAAUGGAAAGGGAGGACCAUGGGCAAACACUGUUUACGUUCUGAAAGGCUCCGCUCGUGCGCGAACAACACGCAACAACGCAUGCGUGUUCCCGUUUGUCUACAAAGGUAGAAGGUACACCAGCUGUUCAAGGGUCAACUCAAAACGGCCCUGGUGCGCCAUUACUCCUAAUUAUGACGUGGACAAAUUGUGGGGAUACUGUCGUGGACGCGGAGUUCCUGCAAUAAAGAUCGCUCCAUUUAUUAGCAUCCAAAGAAUCGGCUGCUUCCGUGAUACAUCUCACCGAGCUAUCAAACCAUUGGACGGUAAACUUCUGCUUGUCAGAGGAAAUUACCAGAGAAGAAAGAAAGCCAUUGCUAAGUGUGCCCUGGCUGCCUCUCGAUUUGGUUUUAGGGUGUUUGGAGUCCAACAUGGCGGCUGGUGUGCAUCUGAUCCGCGGGCUUUCAGAACCUACGCCAAGUACGGCCGAUCAAACAGGUGCAGGAAUGGAAAGGGAGGCCCUUGGGCGAAUGAUGUUUACAGAAUCUCAGGAAAAUGUCGUCUUCGCACUACAACUGGCUACUGCUGUGUACCAUUCACGUAUCGCCGGCGUCGAUACAGAGGUUGUGCUACAAACAGUCGUGGCCAAAAGUGGUGCGCGAUCACUCCUGACUUUACGACGAACAAACUGUGGGGGUACUGCAGGGGUGGAGCAAGACCCAAACCAAUAAAGGUGACAACUGGAGUGAGAGUCAAGUCAAGAGGCUGCUGGCGCGACACUGCUCGUCGAGCUAUUCCCGGUAUAGACGGCAAAGAUAUUCUUCUCCGGGAUUAUUACCGAAGAAGAGCCGACGCCAUUGACAAAUGUGCUCUGGUUGCCUUGAGGCUUGGUCAUGUAGCCUUUGCUGUACAACAUCAGGGAUGGUGCGCCACAAGUCGAAGAGCUCACUUGACUUACAGGAGGUAUGGACGAUCCAAUCGGUGUAGAAACGGGAAAGGAGGACCUUGGGCCAAUGACGUAUAUUUUAUUCGAGGGAGGUGCCGAAAGAGAACAACCUCUCGCUACUGCUGCAGCUUCCCGUUCAUCUAUAAAGGCCGCCGUUAUAACAGUUGCACGAAAAAGAAUCACAAUCGUCCAUGGUGCUCGCUGACCGGCAACUAUGACAGAGACAAGAAAUGGGGUAACUGUGCUGGACGUCGCCCGGUUAGACCUGUAAAACCGGUUAGACCAAUAAGGCCAGGAACAGUUGUAAGAAUCACCGUUGGAUUAGGAGCAAAGAACAUCGGUUGCUUCAGAGACACAGGCCGACGAGCCAUAUCUCCACUGGAAGGGAGAAGUCGUCUUCUUAAAGGAAGUUAUCGUCGACGGAAGUACGCCAUUAGAAAAUGUGCUCUGGCUGCACAAAAACGAGGCUUUAGAGUGUUCGCAGUGCAGCAUGGGGGAUGGUGUGCUGCUUCCAGGACAGGACACUUAACAUACAGUAGAUACGGAAGAUCUAACAGAUGUAGGAAUGGAAAGGGAGGACCUUGGGCUAAUGAUGUCUACGUCUUGAAAGGCUCCUGCAGAACAAGAACGACCAGCCAGAACUGCUGCGUGUUCCCGUUCAUUUACCGCGGCAGGCGUUACAACCGCUGCUCCCAGGUGCGCUCCAGAGGCCGUCCAUGGUGCGCCCUCACUCCAAACUAUGACGUGGACAAACUGUGGGGAUUUUGCGGAGGACGAGGAGUACGCCCUAUAAAGGUCACACCCUCAAUAAGGAUUCAAAGAAUUGGUUGCUAUAGAGACACAGCUCGGCGGGCCAUACCACAAAUGGACGGGAGAAGUCGCCUUUUAAGAGGAAACUAUAAACUACGAAGAAAUGCCAUCAAAUUAUGCGCCUUGACUGCUGCUAGUCAGCGGUACGCUGUGUUUGGUGUUCAGGACGGUGGAUGGUGUGCGUCAGGACCGCAGGCUCAUAGAACUUUCGCUCGAUAUGGAAAAUCCAACAGGUGUAGGAAUGGCAAGGGGGGGCCUUGGGCCAAUGAUGUUUACAGAGUAUCAGGAACAUGUCGUCACAGAACUACUCGAGGUCACUGCUGCGUUUUUCCGUUUGUAUAUCGCGGGCGUAGACACUAUUCGUGUACCAGACGUGGAAAGACAAGGCCCUGGUGCCCAAUCACCUUUGGAGGAUAUCGAAGGGGAACAGCCUGGGGAUACUGCAGAGGAAAAAGAUCUCCACCCAUACGAAUCACUACCGGAGUCAGCGCCAAAGCAAUUGGAUGUUUCCGUGAUACUAGUCGACGUGCCGUUCCACAAGCGGAAGGUCGAGAUUCCAUUCUCGACGGUUAUUACCGCAGAAGAGCAGACGCCAUUACGAAAUGCGCUUUGGUGGCCAUGAGAAUGGGCUUCAGUGUGUUCGCUGUACAACAUCAGGGAUGGUGCGCCACAGGUCGAAGAGCUCAGUUGACGUAUAGGAAGUAUGGACGAUCCAACAGGUGUAGGAAUGGAAAGGGAGGACCUUGGGCUAAUGAUGUUUACUCCGUAAGAGGAUAUUGCAAGAAACGAACCACAAGCCGACAUUGCUGUGUGUUUCCGUUCAUUUACAAAGGCCGUCGUUACAACAGCUGCACAAGAACUCGCCACAGCCGUAGAUGGUGCGCUAUCACACCCAACUAUGAUCGGGAUAGGAAAUGGGGCAACUGCGUCAGGCGAAUCAGGCCAGUGCGUCCGAAACCAGUGCGGCCAAAAUUACCCGGUGGAAGUGUGUCUCACGUCGGUGUUACUGCUGAUAUUGCUUUCUUGAUCGAUGGCUCCCGCUAUGUCGGUCGCAGAAAUUUCCACUUUGAGAAGGCCUUCAUCAAGUCGAUCGCCCGUCGUUUCACAAUCAGUAAGUACCAAUCACACGUUGGUGUGGCAACUUACGGAAGCCGGCCACAUCUGCGCAUGCGUUUGAACCAGUACAACUCGUUAGGUCUGGUACUCAGAGCCUUGAACUACAUCCGCUUUCCAAACCAAGUCGGUCGGCGAGUCGAUCUCGGAUUACAAGCUUGUCUCCGAUAUUUCUUCGCAAGGAGGCAGAUGUUCUCUUUCAUCCGAAAGGUCUUGGUGGUGGUAGUCAGCGGCAAGCAGACUGCAAGAUCCUCCUACCUCAUCAGUAGGCUUCCGUCGCAGUUCAGGCGUUAUGGCGUCAAGGUGUUUAUCAUUGGAGUUGGUUAUGUUGAUCAGCGAUACCUGCGACCCUUUACCUACGGGAGCAGGCACGUGUAUAUGGUUCGCUCGUACAGCAGCCUGGUCGCUAGAGCGGGUACCAUCGCUAAGGCUAUACACCUGGAAAUGCGUCCUGGACGCGAACGAUACCGAGAUCUACAGAAGCGGCUCAACUAUGAAGCUGGCCGAAACAGCACUGAUGUAGAAGGAGAACGAUACAUUAAUGGAAACGGGAUGGAAGGCAACGAAGAACCUUACGUAAAUGGGACCUCGAUGGAAAACAACAGAGAACAAUACAUAAAUGGGUCCAGGAUUGAAGACAACAGUGGACAACGAAACGGAACGGAAUUUUUAAAAACCUUGUAGAUAAACCAAACUAAACGCAGUAGAUACGAUGGCACUCUAUAAAAAUAUAAAAAACCUUCCUUGUUUAAGUUGCAACUGCACAAUCACUGAGGUGUUUUUGGUAGUAAUCGUUGCGUUACACAAAACUUUGCGUAACGCAACAUUGCAUAACUAACUGAGUGUUGUCUGUCAGUUUAUAUGAGGCAAAGGUGUCUUAAUUCAAGAUUGUUUACUUUGUUUUCUCUCUGAAAAUUGAUUCAGAUAUUCCUUUAGUGAAGGUCUCCUGUUUAAAUCAACGCCUACGUUUUUAGUUUAGCAAAUGGAAUAAAGUGUCAUUGAUUUUCAAUGUCAACAACCCGUGUGCCUUUUCAUUUCA